AUGGGAGACAGUGAGAUGGAGUGUUUUGGCCCAGCGGCCGUUUACCUCCGCAAGCCAGAAAAGGAGAGGAUUGAGGCCCAGAACAAACCUUUUGAUGCUAAAACAGCAUAUUUUGUGACUGAGCCCAAGGAGAUGUACCUCAAGGGGACACUAAAGAGUAAAGAGGGGGGUAAAGCCACUGUUGACACACUGUGUGGCAAAACUAUCACAGUAAAGGAGGAUGCAAUCUUCCCUAUGAACCCUCCCAAAUUUGACAAAAUAGAGGACAUGGCCAUGAUGACCCACCUCAAUGAACCUGCUGUUCUGUAUAACCUCAAAGAGCGUUAUGCAGCAUGGAUGAUCUACACCUACUCAGGGUUGUUCUGUGUCACUGUGAACCCUUACAAGUGGCUCCCAGUAUAUGAUUCAAUAGUCGUGACUGGAUACAGAGGCAAAAAGAGGGUUGAAGCACCACCCCAUAUCUUCUCCAUCUCUGAUAAUGCCUAUCAGUUCAUGUUAACAGAUCGUGAAAAUCAGUCUAUCCUGAUCACUGGAGAAUCUGGUGCAGGAAAAACUGUGAACACGAAACGAGUCAUCCAAUAUUUUGCAACAAUUGCAGUGUCUGGACAGAAGAAGGCAGAGCAAGUUCCUGGCAAAAUGCAGGGGUCACUGGAGGACCAAAUCAUUGCAGCCAACCCCCUGCUGGAAGCUUAUGGUAAUGCAAAGACUGUGAGAAAUGACAACUCCUCUCGUUUCGGUAAAUUCAUAAGAAUCCAUUUUGGAUCCUCCGGAAAGCUGGCUUCUGCUGAUAUUGAAACAUAUCUCCUGGAAAAGUCAAGAGUAACAUUCCAGCUGUCUGCUGAGCGAAGUUACCACAUCUUCUACCAGCUAAUGACUGGACACAAGCCUGAGCUACUAGAGGCACUUCUCAUCACCACCAACCCCUAUGACUACCCUAUGAUCAGCCAGGGUGAAAUCGCAGUGAAGAGCAUCAAUGAUGUGGAAGAGUUCAUAGCAACUGAUACUGCUAUUGCCAUCCUUGGCUUCAGUGCCGAUGAGAAAAUUAACAUCUACAAGCUGACUGGCGCUGUGAUGCAUCAUGGCAACAUGAAGUUCAAGCAGAAGCAGAGGGAGGAGCAGGCUGAGCCUGAUGGCACAGAGGUGGCUGAUAAAAUCGCCUAUCUCAUGGGCCUGAACUCAGCUGACAUGCUGAAAGCUUUGUGCUACCCCAGAGUGAAGGUUGGAAAUGAGUUUGUGACCAAAGGCCAAACUGUACCACAGGUCAACAAUGCUGUCAUGGCUCUUUGCAAGUCUGUCUACGAGAAAAUGUUCUUGUGGAUGGUCAUCCGAAUCAAUGAGAUGUUGGACACAAAGCAGCCAAGGCAGUUCUUCAUUGGAGUGCUGGACAUUGCUGGAUUUGAGAUCUUUGAUUUCAACACUCUGGAGCAGCUCUGCAUUAACUUCACAAAUGAGAAACUGCAACAGUUUUUCAACCACCACAUGUUUGUUCUGGAACAAGAGGAGUACAAGAAAGAAGGAAUUGAGUGGGAGUUCAUUGACUUUGGCAUGGACCUGGCUGCCUGUAUUGAACUUAUUGAGAAGCCAAUGGGCAUCUUCUCCAUCCUUGAAGAGGAGUGCAUGUUCCCCAAGGCUACAGACACAUCCUUCAAGAACAAACUCUAUGACCAGCAUCUUGGCAAGUCCAAGGCCUUUGAGAAGCCCAAACCAGCAAAGGGCAAGGCAGAGGCCCACUUCUCCCUGGUGCACUAUGCUGGCACUGUGGACUACAACAUCGUUGGCUGGCUGGACAAGAACAAGGACCCCCUGAAUGAAUCUGUUGUCCAGCUGUACCAGAAGGCAUCAAAUAAACUUCUGGCCCUUCUUUAUGCAACUCAUUCCUCUGUUGAUGAUACUGCUGGCAGCAAGAAAGGGGGCAAGAAGAAGGGUGGUUCAUUCCAGACUGUAUCUGCUUUGUUCAGGGAGAACUUAGGAAAGUUGAUGACCAACUUGAAGAGCACUCACCCUCACUUUGUGCGUUGCUUGAUUCCAAAUGAGUCCAAGACUCCAGGUCUGAUGGAGAAUUUCCUGGUUAUCCACCAGCUGAGAUGUAAUGGUGUGCUGGAGGGAAUCAGAAUCUGCAGAAAGGGAUUCCCCAGCAGAAUCCUCUAUGGUGAUUUCAAACAGAGAUACAAAGUACUGAAUGCAAGUGUCAUCCCAGAAGGACAGUUCAUUGACAACAAAAAAGCUGCAGAGAAACUCUUAGGCUCUAUUGACAUUGACCACACCCAGUAUAAGUUUGGACACACAAAGGUGUUCUUCAAAGCUGGUCUCUUGGGUACCCUUGAGGAGAUGCGUGAUGAUAAACUAGCAACUCUUAUAACUAUGACUCAAGCUCUGUGCCGUGGUUAUCUCAUGAGGAAGGAGUUUGUCAAGAUGAUGGAGAGGAGAGAUUCCAUCUAUUCUAUCCAAUACAACAUCCGCUCAUUCAUGAAUGUGAAACACUGGCCUUGGAUGAAGUUGUACUUCAAGAUCAAGCCUCUUCUGAAGAGUGCAGAGACUGAGAAGGAAAUGGCUGCCAUGAAGGAGAACUUUGAGAAGAUGAAGGAAGAUCUGGCAAAGGCACUGGCCAAGAAGAAAGAGCUUGAGGAGAAGAUGGUGUCUCUUCUGCAGGAGAAAAAUGACCUGCAACUGCAUGUGGCAGCUGAAACUGAGAACCUUGCUGAUGCUGAAGAAAGAUGUGAGGGGCUCAUCAAGAGCAAGAUCCAGCUUGAAGCUAAGUUGAAAGAGACAAGUGAGAGACUGGAAGAUGAGGAGGAAAUCAAUGCUGAGCUGACUGCCAAGAAGAGGAAACUGGAGGAUGAGUGCUCUGAGCUGAAGAAGGACAUUGAUGAUCUAGAACUCACCUUGGCUAAAGUGGAGAAGGAGAAACAUGCCACUGAGAACAAGGUCAAGAACUUGACAGAGGAGAUGGCCUCUCAGGAUGAGAGUAUUGCCAAGCUCACUAAAGAGAAGAAAGCCCUCCAAGAGGCACACCAGCAGACCCUUGAUGACCUCCAGGCAGAAGAAGACAAAGUCAACACCCUGACCAAAUCCAAGACAAAGCUUGAACAACAAGUGGAUGAUCUUGAGGGUUCUCUAGAACAAGAAAAAAAGCUCCGUAUGGACCUUGAGAGAGCUAAGAGGAAGCUUGAGGGUGACCUGAAACUGGCCCAGGAGAACAUAAUGGACCUUGAGAAUGAUAAACAGCAGGCUGAAGAGAAAAUCAAAAAGAAAGACUUUGAAAUAAGCCAAUUUCUAAGCAAGAUUGAAGAUGAGCAGACAGUUGGUGCUCAACUUCAGAAGAAGAUAAAGGAACUGCUGGCUCGCAUUGAGGAGUUGGAAGAAGAAAUUGAGGCUGAGCGUGCAGCUCGUGCUAAAGUUGAGAAGCAGAGAGCUGAUCUCUCCAGGGAACUUGAAGAGAUCAGUGAGAGGCUUGAGGAAGCUGGUGGUGCCACUUCUGCUCAGAUUGAGAUGAACAAGAAGCGUGAGGCUGAGUUCCAGAAGCUGCGUCGUGACCUGGAAGAGUCCACUCUGCAGCAUGAAGCCACAGCUGCUGCCCUCCGCAAGAAACAAGCUGACAGUGUUGCUGAGCUUGGAGAGCAGAUCGACAACCUUCAGCGGGUCAAACAGAAGCUGGAGAAGGAGAAGAGUGAAUAUAAAAUGGAGAUUGAUGACCUCUCUAGUAACAUGGAGACUGUAGCCAAAGCCAAGGCUAAUCUGGAGAAAAUGUGCAGAACCCUUGAGGACCAACUAAGUGAAAUAAAUGCAAAAUAUGAUGAAAAUGUUCGCCAGCUGAAUGACAUGAGCAUACAAAAAGGCAGACUCAUUACUGAGAAUGGUGAGCUUGGACGGCAGCUAGAGGAGAAAGAAUCUCUAGUUUCUCAGCUGACUAGAGGGAAGCAGGCCUACACUCAGCAGAUUGAGGAACUCAAAAGGCAGAUUGAAGAGGAAGUGAAGGCAAAGAAUGCCCUGGCUCAUGCUGUCCAAUCAGCCCGUCAUGACUGUGACCUGCUCAGAGAGCAGUUUGAGGAAGAGCAGGAGGCCAAGGCUGAGCUUCUACGUGGAAUGUCCAAGGCCAACAGUGAGGUGGCUCAGUGGAGAACCAAAUAUGAGACAGAUGCCAUUCAGCGUAUUGAGGAGCUUGAGGAGGCUAAGAAAAAACUUGCCCAGCGUCUACAGGAUGCCGAGGAAACCACUGAAGCUGUAAACUCGAAGUGUGCAUCUUUGGAAAAAACUAAACAGAGACUACAGGGUGAAGUAGAAGAUCUCAUGAUUGAUGUAGAAAGAGCAAAUGCAGUAGCUGCCACUCUUGACAAAAAACAAAGAAACUUUGACAAGAUCUUGGCAGAAUGGAAGCAGAAGUAUGAGGAAGGCCAGGCUGAACUGGAAGGAGCUCAGAAAGAAUCUCGAUCUCUCAGCACUGAGCUUUUUAAGAUGAAGAACUCAUAUGAGGAAGCUCUUGACCAGCUGGAGACUCUGAAAAGAGAGAACAAGAAUCUGCAGCAGGAGAUCUCUGACCUGACAGAACAGCUUGGAGAAAAUGGAAAAACCAUAAAUGAGCUGGAGAAGGCAAAGAAGACAGUAGAGACUGAAAAAUCAGAAAUCCAAACUGCUCUUGAAGAAGCAGAGGGCACACUUGAGCAUGAGGAAUCCAAGAUUCUCCGUGUACAGCUUGAGCUCAACCAGGUCAAAAGUGAGAUUGACAGAAAGCUAUCUGAGAAGGAUGAAGAAAUUGAACAGAUCAAGAGGAACAGUCAGAGGGUGAUUGAGACCAUGCAGAGCACCCUGGAUUCUGAGGUCAGGAGCAGGAAUGAUGCCCUAAGAGUGAAGAAGAAGAUGGAGGGAGACCUGAAUGAGAUGGAGAUUCAGCUGAGCCAUGCCAACCGCCAGGCUGCUGAGGCCCAGAAACAGCUCAGGAAUGUCCAGGGACAGCUCAAGGAUGCCCAACUAUAUCUUGAUGAAGCUGUCAGAGGACAGGAAGACAUGAAAGAGCAGGUUGCCAUGGUGGAGCGAAGGAAUAAUCUGAUGCUGGCAGAGAUCGAGGAGCUGAGAUCUGCACUGGAACAGACAGAGAGAGGACGCAAAGUUGCUGAACAGGAGCUGAUUGAUGCCAAUGAGCGUGUGGGACUCCUGCAUUCUCAGAAUACCAGCCUACUUAACACCAAGAAAAAGGUUGAGGCUGAGGUCAUGCAGAUCCAAAGUGAAAUGGAAGAUACAAUCCAGGAAGCAAGAAAUGCUGAAGAGAAAGCCAAGAAGGCAAUUACUGAUGCUGCCAUGAUGGCAGAGGAGCUGAAGAAAGAGCAGGACACCAGUGCUCAUCUGGAGAGGAUGAAGAAGAACCUUGAGGUCACAGUCAAAGAUCUGCAGCACCGUCUGGAUGAGGCUGAGAGUCUUGCUAUGAAGGGUGGAAAGAAGCAGCUCCAGAAACUGGAGUCUAGGGUUCGUGAACUGGAGGCUGAAGUUGAAGCUGAGCAGAGACGUGGGGCUGAUGCAAUCAAAGGAGUUCGAAAAUAUGAAAGAAGAGUGAAAGAGCUUACCUAUCAGACUGAGGAGGAUAAAAAGAAUAUGAUCAGAUUGCAGGAUUUGGUGGAUAAGCUACAGCUGAAGGUGAAAGCCUACAAGAGGCAGGCUGAGGAGGCUGAGGAGCAGGCUAACACUCACCUGUCCAGGUUCAGGAAGGUGCAGCAUGAACUGGAGGAAGCUCAGGAGCGCGCCGACAUCGCUGAGUCCCAGGUGAACAAGCUGAGAGCCAAGAGCAGAGACACUGGAAAGGGCAAGGAUACCCUUGAGUAGUGAAGGAACACUGGAAGGAUGUGGUAACAAUUGUUUGGUAGUUGUGUGCAAUGUAAAAACAAAUACCUCCCAUGUUUUUACCAUGAAAGUGUCUUAAUUCCUCCCAAUAAGAGUUGGUCAGUUUCAUUGUGCUGUGCUAAAUAAAAUGUUUUAAUACAAGCCUACAAGGUAUGAGCCUCAUUCAUAAAAGUCAAGCAAUUUAUAAAAACCUAGCAACAGUAACAAACAAGCACCUCACACAAAGUUGACGUGAAAAAUAUGAAUGUCUUUAUCACCAGUUCUCUUAUAAAUGUUUUUUUUUUCUUUAGUUUCUCAGGUGAAUGACUCAAUAUGAUACAAAGUUAGCAUUUCUGAACAUUUUUGUGCCAUCUGUACAAAAUGGAGUAAUACGGAAGACUGGAGAAAAGAGGAAAAUCUUCACAAACAGCAGAAGGAAAAAAAGGCAUGAGGCAAGCAUUCCUAUUGACAUUAUUAAAUCCAUCGCAAUACAGAAGGCUUUUACAUAAUGUAUAAUAUAACAUAUUAUGACUACAUAAAUAAAAUAGCAAAUAAAUAGCCAUAAAUUUAAAAUAUUUUAAUUUUAAACAUAAGUACAUCACACCCAUUGAAAGUCAAGCCUUAAAACCAAGUGAUCCCAGUGAUGCAUUAUCACCUGCUCAGUCUGUGGCUUCCUCAUUGUGCUCUUUUAAAUAAAUAUUUCCGGGAAAUACUUCCAGGACUAACUAUUAAAACAUUUUCUGUGUUUUCUUUACAAGCCUAUGCUAAAAAUAGCAAUUCCAUUGAAGAAUUCACACUUACCAUCCAAUAUAAUUCUAAAACUUGGUUUACAAGAAAACUGCCAUUUGGGUGUGGAAAAGACCAUGCAUUUCAGCUGGUCAAUUUCUGUUCCUUCUCCUACUAAUGCCAAAUGCUGAAUUUUUAUUUACUAAUCAAAGCUUUGGGAUCUCUUGAAGAUAAACAAAACAUUCCCAUUAAAUGUAGGCAUAACUAAACUUCUAAAAAGAUACAUCUCAAUAAACAUUUUCCAUGCAGUACACAUACGUCUAUCUCAAAAUAAAAGCUCUAAAAAAACCACGAAGAUAUUUGAAAUACAUUUUUGAAAAUGCAUGUGCCCAAUUAGACCAACAGUUGCAGUUCGGGGCAGUUUCCAAGCUAUGAAUGUGCUCCUGUGGAAAAACAACUCUGAAACAACUCCUUAAUUGACAUACAGUGCACUAAACAGGAUUUAAAAGUUUUUAGCUUAAAGCCUGUACAGUACAUUUCAUAUCAAACUGAAAACCAUUUUGGGAUUAGCCCUGGAACUAUGAGUCAGCUAGCCACUUUCCCAUCAUGCACAGGGAAAGCAACAAUCAGUGAACAUUCUCAUAAAAAAAACCAAAACAAAACAAAA